GACCAAACCAUAAAAGGCGGGUAGCGACGGAAUACUUUUAUCGCCACUAUUUGGGUGCCAAUUUUUACUGAACUACAUACAAAUUGUCGAAAAAAGAAAAAGAAACUAUUACUUUGCCCAUAAUGGCGUCGUCAAGCAAGCCCGCCAUCUACCCCACUGCCGCCCAGUCGGUGUCGGAACUGAUUGGCAACACGCCCUUGGUGAGACUGAAUAAAAUCCCACAAAGCUUGGGCAUUGAGGCCGAGGUUUAUGCCAAGGUCGAACUCUUCAAUGCGGGCGGCAGUGUGAAGGAUCGCAUUGCCUUGCGCAUGGUGGAGGAAGCUGAGAAAUCUGGCCGCAUCAAGCCUGGAGAUACGCUUAUCGAACCCACCAGCGGAAACACUGGUAUUGGGCUUGCACUUGUCGGCGCAAUCAAGGGUUACAAGACAAUUAUCACUUUACCGGAGAAGAUGUCGGCCGAGAAGGUUACUGUCCUUCGCGCUCUGGGCGCCACCAUCAUACGAACCCCCACCGAAGCUGCCUGGGACGCACCAGAAUCGCAUAUCGGCGUUGCGCGACGACUGCUGAAGGAGAUUCCAAACUCGCAUAUUCUCGACCAAUAUGAGAACGUGGAUAACCCAUUGGCCCACGAGUACGGAACCGCCCAAGAAAUUUGGGAGCAGACAAAUGGCAAGAUAACCGCUAUUGUGGCCGGAGCUGGAACUGGCGGUACGAUUACUGGUCUCUCAAGAGGGCUGAAGAAGCACAACAAAGACAUAAAGGUUAUUGCGGCGGACCCACAAGGGUCAAUUUUGGCGCUCCCCGAGCAGCUGAACGAAGAACACGCCAACGAGGGAUACAAGGUUGAAGGAAUUGGUUAUGAUUUCAUCCCUGGCGUCCUAGACCGCCAGUCUGUCGAUGCCUGGUAUAAAACAGAUGAUAUAGAGUCAUUUUCCUUUGCUCGUCGAUUAAUUGCCGAGGAGGGUAUUCUCGUUGGGGGAAGCAGUGGAAGCGCAAUGGCAGCCAUGGUGAAGGGAGUUAAAGACCUCGGGCUUGGAAAAGGAGACGUCGUUGUUGUUGUCCUGCCUGACAGCAUCCGAAGCUACUUAAGUAAGUUUGCGGACGAUGAUUGGCUUGCUGCGAACGACCUCCUCCCACCGAGUCCACCUACGACUCCCUCACCAUCAGCCCCUAAAUCCAAGCACGACCCAUAUAGUGGUGCUACCCUGAGGGCUUUGAGGCUCAAGCCCGUCACUACAAUUUCCGCAAGUUCUUUCUGCGCAGACGCAGUUGAGACGAUGAGAGAUAAGGGCUUUGAUCAGCUUCCAGUUUUGGCGUCGUCGGGAGGAAAGCUGGUCGGUCUGGUGACGCUGGGUAAUAUUCUGAGCUAUAUCAGCCGUGGCCGUGCCACCGGCAAGACUCUUGUCUCCGAGGUCAUGUUCGACUUCUCAAAGAUCCCAGAGGUUGUCACAGACCCCAAAGACUACAGUAGCAACCUGAAAGACCUACCCAAGGUUGACGGUGCUGCUGCUCAGGAGGACACUAAGCCGCAAAGCCUGCCGAAGAGGAAGUUUGUCCAGAUUACGAUGGAUACUCCAUUAGCCUCUCUGAGCAAGUUUUUCGAGUGGAACAGUGCGGCAAUCGUUACAGAGAAAGGGAGCGCUGAGACCGCAGGUCUGCCAAAGCCAGUCGCUGUUGUGACCAAAGUAGACCUCGUUUCGUGGAUGAUGAAACAGUCAUCGGUCUAGGUUUGCAGCGUCUCGUUAAUAUUACCACAUAAUACAUUUGUCCACCAACAGUAUUGCCAUGAUCUUUUGGUGCUUGGUUUGCGUUCUUUAUAACAAUUGUUUGCCCCCAACUUAAUUUAAGCUACUAACUUAUGUGGUGCCUCCUUUAGCCGGUUACCUGUCAUCCGGGGCUUCACCGCUCUUGAUUUGAACUAACCCUGCACAAACAUAUCAAAGGCCUGAUAGUUCAGUGGUAGAAUUCUUGCUUUGGGAGCUCAUCAGCAUUCAAAUUGUAAGAGGUCUCCGGUUCAAUCCCGGAUUAGGCCCUUUCCUUUGCCAAUUCAAUCUCUUUUUGAAAAUCCAAUUUUUUAUGGGGUGGAUGGAUGCCCCGCUGUUUUAUCUCCGCCGAGGUAUUUUUAGUCGACAUGACUACCGAUCGAUCGACGAAGUAAAGGUGAGAGAUCCGUCCACUCUGGUCCACCCUGUUGUAACCCAUACUCAUUCCCACGCUGACUCACGUUCUCGCUCUCGCACUCACUCUCAGCAGC